UUGUGUUCUGUCUUAGGGAUCUAAUCUCUUCUAAAGUCAAAUCUAAAAAUUCUCUGUUUACUUCAUAAACUUUUAUUUGUUGUUGAUAGAUGUAUGAUAAGAUUAUGUACAUAUUCAUACAUGUUCAGAUAUUUACUAAGCUAUGCAGUUUCUGUUCUUCAAUGUUUUCACAUAUAUGUAUAUAUGUUUUAUAUAUCGGAGAUUUCUUUAUUAGCUUUUUCACAUUUUUUCUAUCAUAUGCGAUUUUUUUAUUCUUUGAUCAACUAUGGAUCUGAUCAGUUUGAUCCGAUUGUGCCUGCAAUUGUUCUUGUUCAUGGAUCUCAGUGGAUAUGAUGAAUUUGAUCCGAUCUGACUUUCCAAAUUUUAAUUGUUUGCGGAUCCUAGUAGAUAUAAUGUAUUUGAUCUGAUUUUGAUGUUGCAAUUUUCUGUUCUAUAUCUCAAGGGUUAUCAUCUAUAUCAUUUUCAAAUUUUAAUUGCUUAUGUAUAUCAAUGAAUUUGAGUUCUUCCUUUUUCAUUUAUAUCCUUUACUUUUUUUUUUCUUUUUUUUUUUUUUUGAUAAGUAUGUUAAUUUCAUUAGGUUAAUAAUGAUAGAUGGGAUACAAAUAGUAUUUGCGAACAAAUCCUAAUGCAUCAGUGGUAGCUAAUUAAAGCAUAUCAUUUAUUAUUGCUUGUAUGUUUUUAUAGAUCUUAUGGUUCUUGUCAUUUUACAUAUAUGUUACUAAUGAUUAUGAAACUAUUUAUCAUAUGUUCUUAGUCAACAUGAUUAUUUGAUCCGAUUUUGAUGUUUCAAUUUUUUUUUUUUGUACAAGGUCCAUGAUCUAUGUUUACCCUAUUGAUAAUAUAAGUUUUAGUUUUGUCUCAUUUAUAUAUGUGCCUAUUGGCUUAUAUGUUUUCAUAGAUCUUAUGGUGCUUAUCAUUUUACAUUUUAUGUAACAAUUGAUAAUAUGUUUAUGGAUCUUUUUUUAUGUUAGCAGUUUUAUUUUCCAUCUAUCUCAAUAGAUUUAUCUACUUGAUCGUUUAGAAAUAGUGUGUUGUGUUCUCAUAUAUAUCAGAAUUACAGAUGUGGCUAUUGAUAAAUUACGUGAAUAGCCCAAGAGGGCAUUACAAUGUUUAGAUAGGUCCAAGAUUGUUUUGAUUUCAUUAACAUGAAUGAUAAAGCCCAAGAGGGCGUUCCUCAGUUCAGUCACGCCGGAGUACCUUGACUCUGCCAGGUCGAAAUCCGUUACCGAGACCUUGGAGAUAGACGAGCGGUACCCUAAUUCGUGUUAUCUUUAGUCUACAUCCUUUUAUUAUUAUUAUUAUUAUCGAUAAGCUCUAAUUCAGAAAGUUUUAUUCCUAUUUUGAUGAACUCUUGAGGUAUCAAUGUCGCUGAAUCCCCCUACCAGGAUAAUCUUCUUAAGAAGAAAGAAAAUCACAGAUUUUUUGCUCAAAUCCCUGUGUCCAUUGACUCUUGUUUCAUCGGGUGCUUUGAUUUCGCAUUGGAAAUUUGGUGAGUACACAUCUCUGUACCCAUAUGAGAGUUCAUGGAUCAUUACUUUCCAAGGGACUCUCAACCUGGGUGCUACUCUGAUAUUGGCAGAAAAGCAAGAGAUCUUCUGUUUGAAGACUUUCCUGUGUGCAGUAAAUUUCGUCUAGAUAAGCACCCUUUCUCUGCCUAUUUGACCCAUCAAAAUGAUUUGCUUGCUAUCAGUCCAAAUGACAUAUUUCUUGGGGAAGGGCGAUUUUCUUGGUCUGUCAAAAGUGUGACUAAUGAAUUCACCAUUCGUACUAACUCUACUCUGGCUUUCAAAUCCACAAUUAAUCAAAUUGCCUUCAGAGUUCUUCCCGGUUUGUCCGCAGUAUCAGAAUUUGACACUGCAAUUGCUAAUUCUGGCAAGUUACAAGUGCAAUUCAUGCACGAUUAUGCUAGCUUUAAAGCUAGCAUUGGAGGAUUAUUUCAUGACACCAAUAUCGGUGUUUCUUCGGUAAUUGGCACGAAGAAUCUUUCCUUGGGAUUAGAUUUGCUACUCCAUACAAACAACCUUAAUGUCACAAAGUUUGAUGGAGCUUUUGCAUAUACGACCGCAGAAAGGAGGACGUCGUCUAUUGCUAUGAAUGAAAUGGCGCAUGUGUUAGUGGCAUCGUAUCAUCAAUUGGUCAACUCCGACACGUCUUUUGGGGCUCAGUUUAGGUACUCCUUCAUCGACCAAGUACCUGUUCUUACCUUGGGUGUGGAACAUAGACUUGAUCCACACCUUUGGUUGAAGGCUCGAGCUGACAACACUGGACAAGUUAGUGCCAUUUUUCAGUGGUAUUUCAUGAGGGUGUUGGGAGAGUUCAGACCUGCCUAUUUGCCUAGGAUUGGAUUGGGUAUUGCCCUCAGCUUCUGAAACUCUUACAAAAUAGCAAAAACAUCUUCAGUGCCUCCUCAUCUGAUCAUCUAUGUUUAGUCUUUGUAAUUCUCUUUUAUUAUCUUGGUUCAAGUAUGACAAUUUGUUCUAUUUUGACAUUUAGUAUUCUGUAAACUGUGAUUUCUUACUUUGUUUAAGAAUCUCUUUAGUUGGCAAUUAUAUCUUAUGUGAAUAUA